AUGGAGAACACAAAUAACGGGACCCAGUUCAUCCUCCACGGACUGACACAAGGCAGGACAGGAGCAAAACUCUGCUUCUUCUUCUUUUUACUCUUCUACACCACUAUCACUUUUGGAAACCUGCUCAUCAUCAUGACUAUAAGGACAAGUGACCUGCUGAACUCUCCCAUGUACUUCUUCCGGAGCUCUUUGUCUUUUGUAGACAUCAGUUUCUCCACUGUCUCAGCUCCCAAACUCAUCCAGGACCUUCUUGUGGAGGAGAGGACCAUCUCCUUUGCGGGCUGCAUGGCUCAGCUGUUGGGGACCCACUUCUUUGGGUGCCCUGAGAUCUUCCUUCUCAUGGUGAUGGCCCACGACCGCUGCGUCGCCCUCUGCAAACCGCUCCACUCCCCGAGCGUCGUGAGCCCGCGCGGCUGCGGCUGCCUGCUGGCAGCCUCGGGGCUGGGGGCUUUGCACUCCCUGCUGCAGACCCUGCUGCUCCAAAUGCCCUUUUGUGGGCCCAACAAUGGGCUGGACCACUGUUUCUGGCAUGACCACCCUUGGCUGGUGCUGGCCUGCGCUGACACCUCCACCAGCAGUGUCGGCGUAGCCGUCAGUAGUGACCUGAUAUCCCUGGGCUCUUUUGUUGUCCUUGCAGUAUCCUAUACUGCUCUCCUGCUUUCCUUGAGGACACACUCUCCCAAAGGGCAGCUCAAAGCUCUCAAAACAUGCUCUUCCCACAUCACAACCGUCACGCUCUUCUUUGGGCCCUGCAUUUUCAUCUACCUGCGCCCUUCCACCACCUGCCUGGCGGACAAGGUGCCCUCUGUCUUCUACACCAUCAUCACGCCCAUGCUCAACCCCUUCAGCUACACCCUGAGAAACCAAGAGGUGAAAAACAGCAUGAAAAAGUUGUGGAGCAGGACAGUGAAGAGGAGUGAGAAAUGAAAGGACAUGGGCAAUGUUUGUAAGAUGACAGGAGCUUAAGACAUC